AUGCGUGUGUUGCCAGUACUACUGCCCCUGCUGCUGUGUGUGGCGGGAGGGCUGAGCCAGGUGAGGGCGGAGGUGAAGGCGGUGAAGCUGUGUGGCAGAGAGUUCCUCAGGGCCGUCAUCUACACUUGUGGUGGCUCCCGCUGGAGACGGCUCGUCAACGAACAAGAGCAGCUGGAGGGUGAGCUGAGCAUCUCUACCUUCUACUUUAAACCAGCUCUGUUACCCAUACCCUCCGUAUCCUACUACUUAAAUACAUUGUCUGGUCAAUUUAUGUCAUUUUGUUAAUCAAGUGGAAUAAUUCCUGACGUAAAAUGUCAGGGGUGUGAAUUUGAGUUGCAUGGAAGAUGGGCUACAUUAAAUAAGUGUAAAGAAGUUUGAGUCAGUGAUGACGUCUGUCUGCAGCAAUGUAUAGUGAUACUGAUCCAGUGCGUGUGCAUACAGGCAGGAAGGCAGGCAGGUGGGCAGGCAUUCAGGCAGGCAGGCAGGCAGUCAGAAAGGCAGGAAGGCAGGCAUGCAUGCAGUGUCAGGCAGGCAGUUGCUCCUCUGACUGGGUUAUGGAGGUCUAUUAUGCAGUCCUGUUCUCUGGAACAUUACAGGCCAGUGGAACCCACCUCUUAUCAUCUGAUUAUGAUGCUGAUGCUAUCAGGGCCAGUCUGUUCCCAGUGGGCAGAUGACAGCAGGCUAACCCAGUUAGCAUAUUAACCAUGCUCAUUAAAACCAGUAAGAGGCACAGAUACUGGACAAGACUGAUAGCACCAGGCAAAACAUUUGGGGCUUUCCUCAUUUGACAGGUACAUGUACAGCAAUUACAUUGUUGAGCAUAGACUACAGAUAAGAUAUCAGGCACAGACAGUCACACACACAUCCUCUGAGCAAAAUAAGAACUUCAAUUUGAGAAAAUGAACUUCAAUUUGGACAGAUAGCAUUUCUAUGCAUUUUUAUGUUGACUGUCUUUCCAAGCUGAUUUAUUGAUGAGUGACUGUACGAAAUACUAGAUUCAUAUCAGACUGUAAUACCAUAUUUCAUUAUGUGAAAUCAUUUUAUGACUUGAGCUUCCUGAUGUGUGAUGUCAUGCGCAGGUUUGGCCAAUGAGGAGAAGAGUCCGAGCAAUCUGGAGGACCUGAAGGCCAGUCUGGGGUCAGAGUUCAGCAGACGGGACCUGAACAACAUGCUGACCACCAUGUGCUGCCAGGUGGGCUGUAGGAAGAGCGACCUCACUUACCUCUGCUGA